AUGGCCAAUUCAAAGGAGCGCCUUGCCGAACUAGACUGGUCUCGGUAUGGUGCAGGACGAAGUGAUGAAAAUGAGAGAAGCCAUGACGGACAAGUUCCGAUUCAUGGAGGAAUCAUUCGAGAAACUGAUGGAGACGAUAUCAGAAAACGGCAGAGGUGCGCGGAGCCCAGUGCGAGGGAUUCGUCAAUCCGGAGGAGAACGAGCAUCUCCGUCGGGUCCAAACGACAAUACCAACCCUUUUGGAAAUCCUCCGACUCAUCGCCAUGUGAAGCUCGAGUUUCCUCGGUUCCGAGGAGGAGAUCCGACGCCUUGGAUAAGCGAAGCCAAACAAUAUUUUGCUUAUCAAGAGUUACCAAUGGAACAACGAGUCAAUUCGCGUCGUACCAUCUGGAGGAUGAAGCUAACGAGUGGUGGCAGGCUACCGCGAAGGCUCUUGGGGAAGAUAACGUUUUGGUAACAUGGGAAAUAUUCGAGGAGGAACUUUGGGCACGAUUUGGACCAUCUGGAGCCGAUGAUUUCGAUGAAGCGCUAUCCAAAAUCAGCCAAAAGGGGUCUCUCCGAGAAUACCACCGUGAGUUCGAGAGGCUUCAGAACAAGGUUACCGGCUGGUCGCAGAAAGCUCUCAUCGGAACCUACAUCGGAGGCCUUAAAGACGCCAUCUCCGACUCGGUAAGGAUGUUCCGACCAACAACGUUGAAAGCCACCAUCGAGCUAGCACGAAUGCGAGAUGAUCAAAUCCAACGCAGCCGACGGAUCGGUAACUUUGCAGUCGGUACUACAAGAAGUAACGCAACCUCGUCCUCGAUGGUACCACGCAAUCCAGCACCGCCUGAGCCACCACCCGACGGCCCAAAAAAGUUGAGUUGGGAGGAAUUGAGAAGAAAACGAAGUUUAGGCCUGCGUUUCAGUUGCGAUGAGCGAUACACGCCGGGACACAAAUGUAAGCGAUCUCAAUUACUGCUUAUGGAGGGAGAGGAUGCAGAGGACGAUGAAGAUGAGUUCGUCGACAGUCAGGAAGCCGUCGAACCGGAGAUCUCGCUUCAAUCUUUAACCGGCUGGGGAUCACCAAAAACCAUUCGGGUUGAGGUGGAGAUCAACAAACGCCGUUUGGUUGCUCUCAUCGACAGCGGUGCCACUCAUAACUUCAUCGCAGAGAAAGAGGCGAAUCGACUGGGGUUGAAACUUACACCAACGAAGCCGUUCAACGUCCGCGUCGCCGACGGUCAUCCACUUCGUUGCCGUGGAGCAUAUCGCAAGGUGGCGCUUGAGAUAGCCGGCGAGAUCUUUAUGGCUGAUUUUUUUGGCCUUCCGUUAUCCGGUCUCGACGUCGUUUUGGGGAUACUAAUUCGUGGGCUUAGUGCAAGUGGAAUUGACCAAGCCCAACCAGGAGAGUUAGAAAGAGAGGCCCGACAAGGUCAACAAGUUUUUUCUCUUACGGUCCAAAAUCUAGACACCGCCGCCUCUCCCAUUGCCAAUGACAUCCGUCAAUUACUGGAUGAAUUUGAGCCGGUCUUCCAACUUCCGACGAAAUUGCCACCGGCGAGAGACAUCGAGCACCACAUCACUCUUAAGGAGGGCUCCGACCCCGUCAAUGUCCGCCCUUACCGCUAUGCACAUUUCCAGAAAGAGGAGAUCGAACGACAAGUGCAAGCAAUGCUCGAUGCCGGCCUGGUACAACCGAGUUCGAGUCCAUUUUCCUCACCGGUGCUAUUGGUGAAGAAAAAAGACGGAUCAUGGCGUUUUUGUACGGACUACAGGGCGCUCAAUGCGACGACCGUCAAAGAUCGUUUUCCAAUACCGACGGUGGACGAUAUGCUCGACGAGCUUAACGGAGCAGUGAUCUUUUCGAAGCUGGACCUCACAGCCGGUUACCACCAAGUUCGAGUUCAUCCACCAGAUGUGCCUAAGACAGCAUUUCGAACCCACAAUGGCCAUUACGAAUACUUAGUAAUGCCGUUUGGGUUAUGCAAUGCUCCUUCGACGUUCCAAGCACUCAUGAAUUUGUUCUUCAGAAGGUACUUACAAAAAUUCGUUCUGGUGUUUUUCGACAAUAUCCUCAUUUACAGCCGUUCGAACGAAGAACACAUUCAGCAUGUCCGCACAGUUCUCGAGAUUCUGCAACUCAACGGUCUGUUUGUGAAGAUGAAAAAAUGCGAAUUCGGAAAGCAUGAGCUGGAAUACCUGGGCCAUAUAAUCUGCAGAGAAGGAGUCAAAGUCGAUUAG